AUGUUGAGACAACUUGCAAGACCUAUGCUUACUGGCGCCAGACUCGCCAGACCAGCCCUUGCUGCCACUAGACCAGCCGCCAUGAGAAUCCCUUCCAUGGUUCCUGUGACUUCCAGAAGAAUGUACCAUGAAAAAGUGCUUGAUCACUAUGCCAACCCAAGAAACGUUGGUGUGUUGAACAAAAACGAUGUCGACGUUGGUACUGGUUUGGUUGGUGCUCCAGCCUGUGGUGAUGUUAUGAGAUUGCAGAUCAAGGUUGAUGAAGAUACUGGUGUUAUUCAGGAUGUCAAGUUUAAGACGUUUGGCUGUGGUUCAGCCAUUGCUUCAUCUUCCUAUGUGACCGAGCUCGUCAAGGGUAAGACUCUCGAGGAGGCUAUGCUUAUCAAGAACACUGCUAUUGCCAAGGAGUUGUCUUUGCCACCAGUCAAGUUGCAUUGUUCCAUGUUGGCUGAGGAUGCCAUCAAGUCGGCUGUCAAGGACUACAAGUCCAAGAGAACCAGCGCCGUCAAGGAGCCAACCUUGGGCCCAGCCACUGCUUAA